CUUCUGUCCAUUAGUACAGUUAUUGUGGUUGAGAGGGAUCAUUGGGCAGCCAGUAGGUUUUGUCUUUCAACAGAGACCUUACUCUAAAGAUGAUGUUGGUGUAUAUAAUGCCUGCCCUCACCGCACUGAUUGUGAUAACGAUCCACGUCCGCCAUGUUGGAGGAGAAGCCAUUGUUGACUAUAAACACGAGGAUUGUCGAUACCACGUCCACUUUCAUCCUUUGUCUUGGAGCGAGGCUUACAACGUGUGCAAAGGCAAGAAUCAAACCCUGCUGAAAUUAGACGAUUUGGCAGAACAUUCUAAAAUACAUUCUAUUGUGGAUUCCAAAAUAAAUAAAGUCCUGAACUCCUCGUUAGACCACGUUUGGAUUGGACUUCAUGCCACUUCUCAGGGCGGGAAUUUACAUCACUUCUGGCCCGAUUGUGACCAGUUGACCUACGCAGACUUUAAUCCUUCAGACGAUCAGAAAGAAGGGUGUGUCAUGUUCCACCCCUCAUCAACCUCCUACUCCGUGGUGGAUUGCUCUUCUUCACUUCCUUAUAUUUGCGAAAACAGAGAAACGGAUCCGCUCCAGUGUUUCUUCCCUGAGACGAACCCUGCAGUUCGAAGUUCAUUUUCAAUAUCUAAUUUUUAUCCAAAUUUAAACUCGUCCUAUUGUGCUGAAAAAUGUCAUGAAGUUGGUUCCUGUGCAGGUGUAAUGCACCACGGUAUCUGUAGAAUACUCGCCAAUGUAAACCCCUCAUCACCACAAAAUGCACAAAAAAAUACUUUAUACCUAGACACUGUAAUUGAUUGGAUUCAGUAUAUAUCUAUUGCGUCAUCGGUCCCUCCCAGUGAUGCCUGCAGUGUGACGUCACACAGUUCACUUCUGACAACGCCCACCGCCCUCUAUGCUUCCUCUGAGUCUUUGAUAACGUCAGCUGAAUCCACCCUCACAACAUUAUACCCCAGUACAACCCCACCCUCCUCAUCCAGCACCGCCACACUCAGUACCCCUCAUCUUCAGACCGUGACAGGCUCCAUCCAUUCAUCGCCUGUAAUGUCGUCAUCAUCAUCGUCAUCUUCUGUGUAUUAUUGUUCCUGUGUGAGCAAUGUUACUUACACACCUCAAGAACUUCAACAGAAGAUAGAGAAGAUGAAGUCAGAGUUGACUGUGGAUAAAAAACAGACCAAUAAAUACAAAAGGAGUCUGAUUAGCGUGCCCGACUCUCGGCCGUCGGCCCGGGGAAUCGGGAGCAGCGUGGGGGUGCUGACUCUGGGUAUUGUCAUCGCCUUACUUGUCGCCUUUGAUUGUCCUCGUGCCUCUCGUCAUACAUUGAAAAUGGUCAGAAUCGCGAAAGCGAGGUUCACGAAAAGACAACCUUAAGAAUAGUGGCUGAAUGAUAAAAUUUUCUUUUGCCCUUUGUCUAUUUAAAGAUGGAAUUCAAAGAAAGUUUAUCUAAGUAACAAAGAAUCAUUCUUUGAGUAUAAUGAAGUGAUAAUUUUGGUCGGGGAGUGAUCAAAUCCAAUAAAGACGAUGUUUUCUAUAGAAUAUCGUUUAUCUUAAAGUUGGGUACCUAUAAAUAAAUCAUUCAAUUGCAAGUGCAUACAUUUAUCUACGAAAAAGGAAUAGGGCCACAUAAAAAAGUAUUUUUAUCUCGUAAUUACGAGAAAAGAUCUCGUAAUGUAUCGCUAUGUAAAAAUUUGAAAGUCAUGUAUCAAGUUAUAAGCAAGAUACAGGGUUCAUAAUUCUUUGUUUGUAAACAAAGUUCGAAUAUUGUCAUUUUUUACAUAUGUGUUGCAUUGAUGUAAGUUUCAAUCAAAUGUAUCUUUCUUUUGUUGAUAAUAGUAUUUAUGAAGACAUUGAAUUAGUUUAAAUUGUUUUUAACAUGUACUUUUGUCUAAGAAAUGGUAAUUCUCUACAUUACAUUUUUUUGUAAACAAUUAUAAGACUCGAGCUUUGUUUCCAUAACAAUUAAUUCUUACCUCUGUAUCUCGCUUGUAACUUGACUUUGACAUUUAA